GGGCCACGUUCGAUUCGGCACUUGUGCCGAAAAUAAGCUGGUCGUGGCAGCGCUUCCAGAAUCGAAAUCCUCGGAAAUGGCUCCGUCCAUGGCAACGACGCGGCUCCGCAAGGAGUACGUGGGCCUCAAGAAGAAGCCGGUCGACAACAUCGAGGCCGUCCCGCUCGAGAGCAACAUCCUCGAGUGGCACUACGUCAUCCGUGGCGUCGGCGUCUACGAAGGUGGGCUCUACCACGGGAAGCUCAAGUUCCCGCCCGAGUACCCGAUGAAGCCGCCGUCCGUGUACAUGGCGACGCCCAGCGGCCGCUUCGAGCCCAACACGCGCCUGUGCUUGAGCAUGUCGGACUUCCACCCGGAGACGUGGAACCCCAUGUGGUCGGUCGGCAGCAUCCUCACGGGUCUCUUCUCGUUCAUGAACGAAGACACGCCGACGACCGGUAGCAUCGAGACGACGGACGAAGAGAAGCAGCGCUUGGCGGCGGCGUCCUUGGCGCACAACUGCCUCCCGACCAACACGACCUUCCGGAAGCUCUUCCCGCACUACGUCGAGAUGCACGACGAGCGCGUCAAGGAAGCCGCGGCCUCGGGCUUGGAGGAAUCGCUCGACAAGAUGGCGCUUCAAGCGUAGAGCCGUCUCGUGUUAAUUGCACAUAUGUAUAUA